AUGACUUGUUUUGCACUAGGUACUCAAUUGUACGCCAUCUAUUUCGCCAACCGUUCCUCCUCGUAUCAACCCUUCUCUAUGCGAAAAUAUAAAAACCGAGACUGCAGGGAUUUUAGAUCAACAGCACUUUUGUACACACUAUGUGCUAUAGUAGGUACGUCUUCAAAUGAACACAUGACAGGCAACAACGCCAAUGCAAUAAGGCAUAGACAAGUGGUUUGCAGAACGGUAAUAAAUACUUGAAGGAUUAAAUUGUGUGAUUAUUUAAGUUUUGUUUUAGACGUAAAAUGUAAUGCGUGCACUCAUUCUUCUAUGUUAUCUUCAUUUCAGAUGCCCCAAUGGCUGACGAUCCUGAUAGAACACCGAAUGACGCAAUUCAGGAAUCUCCAUAG